GCGCCAUGUUUCUCGUGAUGUUCUCCUCGCGUUGAGAAAGAGGAGAGCAAGAACAAAAAGAAGUGUGUGAAAGUAAGGAAAGCGUUUGUGGUUGAGAACGCUUGACGCUAGGUAGAAAUUUUAAGAUUAUAUAGAAUUUGGCGACCAGCACUGCGUGAAAAUAUUUCGCGCGGCGCAACAACUGCAGCAGCGACGACGACGACGACGGCCAGCACGACACGCUUAAAAUGGCCGAUGACGAUCCCUGGUUGCUUAAGGAGGAUGGCUUCCUAAAUGUUGGCGCCAAUUGUACUCAGAUCGUAUAUCAUCCGAAUCUUAAUGUUCUUCUUAUCACCACGACAAAUUCUCAAGUUUAUGUUUUUGAUGUCAAUUGUGGAGUUAUUCUACAAAAAUGUACUCUGUCCGGUAAAGCAGAAGGAAAACUACAAGGUGUUUACUUGGGUGAAGGAGUUGACAAAAUUUUGUAUACAGAUGGUAGAGGAAUUGGAGUUAGAGGCGAUUACAAUGGUGUCCUAUUACUGCAUACCAUUUUGCAAAUGCCUGUUUUCAGAAGUGAGGAUAUUAUAAAAUUAGAGAUGUUACUUACAGAUGCAAUUUUAUUGCAUCAUUGCUUAAGAUCGGUAGAACUUCCAGGAGUUGAUCAGGUACAAGAAGUGUUACAAGAACUGUCUACUAAUAUUGCUUUAGCAAAAACGUGUAAGAAGAAAGGAAUUAAAGCUCAAAAAUGGAAUACAGUGUGUUUGGAACUAUCACAUGGAGCAUUAAAACUUGUAUGUUCAAAUUUGGUGAUGGAUUUGAAAAAGCACAAUAAGCAUGUACCUGCAUUACCCAUAGCUUCUGCUAUAAGUGAACGACUCAACGGUCUACUUCCUGGUCUUGUAAUGGAUGGUGGAACUACUGACAAAGUUCCAAUGUUCAGUGAAGCAGCUCGCCGAGAUACUUUUUUCAAAUGGCCACACAUGAAUUAUAAGUGGGCAUUACCAGAUCAAAUGGCUCAAGCUGGUUUUUAUCAUAAUCCUAAUCCAUCGGGUGAGGAUCGUGCGAUGUGUUUCACCUGUAGUGUGUGUCUUGUUUGCUGGGAGCCUACGGAUGAGCCUUGGUCCGAACACGAGCGCCAUUCUCCAGCCUGCCCUUUUGUUAAGGGGGAGUAUACACAAAACGUUCCACUCUCGGUUACUUUAGCUACGGCACCAGCGCAAGCUGUCGGUGAAUCGGUUGACGUUAUAGGCACAACAAACAUUGCAGGCCUCGUUGCCACAGCUUCAUUUGGUGGUUACAUAAAUGUUUGGAACGUGCACAACCAAUUGAAGAGAGAAGUGUCCUUUUAUUUAAAUCCACGUGAUGUAGAAACAAAUAAUAAGGAUUCCUUCGAAUUUAUUGCUUCAAAAACAACUUCUUUAUCAUCGUCAUUCCUUCCAAACCUUGUUACGGAAACAGAAACACUUGCUGAUACCUACAAAUCCUCCUCCAGUUUGCAUAAUUUUAACAAUCGACUUCAGCUGACAGCUUUAGCUCUUGUUGAUGGUCCAAGGACUCAAAAUGAGAAUAAAAGUACAAACUCUAACAGCUCAAUAACAUCAUUGAAAAAUUCAGGAACAAUCACAUCAAUCAAGCCAUGUCUUGUUUCCGGCGUAUCCCUUAGUUCAAAUAGCGUUGGCGGGAUGAGUGGUGGUUCUAGCUCAACAUCUACUCAGCAACAUUUAAGAACAUUCGAAAAUGUUUGGGCAGCCUCAUCAGAUCUAGCUUCAUCCUCUUCCUUGGUACGUGCGAUGAAUAGCGUGAAUAGUGCUGCAAGCAGUAAUAGCCUUGAUAUAAUGAAGGUAGGCACAAGUGGUGAUGCAUAUAAUCCAACUAUGUUACACUAUCUGGUGCUUUGUGAUUUUCACCAUAAAACGACACAGUUACAACCUGUCAAAAAAGAUGAUUCGAAAGUCGGUACUAAAAGCAAAAAACAACUCUCUGGAACUGGAACAAGCGCUAGCUCGAAUGGAAUAAGGCAGGAAAAUCUUCAUCAAGAUAUACUGUUGAGUAAAUUUCUACUUGAGGAAAUAAAUGAGGAUGUAGAUUUAGAAAUGGUUGGAAGUACACACUUUAAUAGCUUGUAUGGAGCUUCACAUACUGUUUUAGCAACGCCCACCGCCAACGGAAUUUUAUACGGAAUGCCAGUUAAUAGCUCUAUUCCAACCUCGAGUUCUUUUGAUGCAAACUCAAAUCCAAUUAGUCCUUAUGUGCCAGAACAGUUUGCAUCAACAUCUAAAAUAACGCACUUGCGAAAGACUUUGGAUACCAUCAAGACAACCAAGGCGAUACCUAUCGUCAUACAAACUAUUCGUAUCGAAGCGCAUCAUUCUCUUAGAAUCAAUAAUGUAUUACCUACAAAAGACAGUAAACAUUUAUUUGUUACAUUAUGCCCCCAUGUUGAUGACAGUCCAGCAGAUUCUUUUUCCAAUACUAAUAAGAUGGAUGUUGACGAUGAAACCUUGUCCAAGAGCUUCAUGUAUUGGGACCAUAAUGAUAUACAGUCAAAGACACUGACUAAUGGUGAAAUACAGAACAAGGCAGAGACAAAUACAAAUGUAAUUUUGCUCGUUUAUGCCUUGGAUUUUACGGACAAUGCGGUUAGAUUAAGGACGGAACCCAUUCUCAGGCGGGAACUACCACCGGAUCAGGCACCCAACGAGUGUGUACUGCUACCAAUGCUUGAGAAAAAUCGACUAUCGUCAAACUCGUCAGACAGUAUGCAUUUUUCGGACAGUACAUCUGAAAGCUCAAACAUUCAAGAACCACGUGGACAAGUGGCCUUAGUUUGUAGAGAUGGUGCAGUACGAUUAUUAGAUUUGAGCAAUCUAAGGACCGUUACCGAAGCGAAACUCGAUGGACAAAAAUUUAUCUCAGCUGCUUAUUGUACCAGAUUGGAACGGUUAUGUGCAUGUACUAGUAAUGGAGUACUUCAUUUCUUCAGUAUGUCUAUAGAAGAUGAUUCUACCGAGGAAAAAGAUGUCGAAGAUUUGCAUAUGAUUACUGAUACAAACAUUAGUGAAGAAAAUGAAUUAACUGCUCCUAGCACUUCGACUUCAUCUCCUAUUAAUUAUGAACACAUUUUAGCGUACAGACAAAAUUUAACUUAUUCGGAUCUUCGAACAUUGUACGAUUUAACACGAUUCGAUCGGCAAUCUCCAGCUUAUGGAGCUACAGUCCCAUCCUGCUGGAGUGAAAUGAUGCAAGCUCAGCGUCAACGUCGUCAUCCACAACAUCUUCAUCAAUCCGAAACUCAACAUCAUACGCGGACUUGGCGUCUUCAAACUGAUGCGUCCACUUGGGAUGAACACAUUUUUGAACUAACCUUACCUCGAAAUGCUGCUGGUAACGUUGGGCAUGUUGAUGUUCGAUUCAGUUUACAUUUUCCAUGUCUACAACUACCGAUGAUACAGGUUACACUUUUGAAACAGAACAUGACUGGUAUUGGAAGUAAAUCUCUUUUGAUCCCUGUGGAUGAAAAAAUAGACUUUAGAAUUGGUCGUGAACAGAAAACUGAUAAUCCUAUUAUUACCGAAGCAUAUCAAAAGCAUCAUAAUACAGAGAUCUUAUGCGGCCCAGUUAAUUUACAGCGAUGCAUGGAUUUGUCUGAUCAUUCAGGCUGUGUAACACUUACCAGUCCUAAGCUAUUUCGAACUAAAGCUAAAACACUUCUGGUUCAUAUUAAAGCUUUAACUGAUCCAGUAAAGGAAGGGGCAUCAUCAAAAUCAAGAUCUAGUUUAUUAGAAUGGAAACCACCAACUUCAAAAAAAUUAAGGAUAGAUGAAGCUGGUCCGCUUCCCCCUGGUGCUACGGUAGAAAGAUUUGCUGCAAAUGCAACUAAAAAAUUAGAUUGUUAUAAAUGUUGUGAUUGGAUUCAUGAAAUUUCCAUUACUGUAAGAUCUGUACAUCCCACAAAUAUUCCAAAAGCAAAAUUACAAAGGUGUGCAAUGUUGGAGUCUAAAACUUUUAUUGAUAAUUUACUAAAAGUGGCUUGUUUAGAAACAGCAGAUAAAUCACCAGUUGUUCAAACACUAGCUUUGGAUAUUUUAAUAUGGGCUGCUGCAAUAAGAUUAACAAGAUUACGUACUGGAGUUAGUAUAACAAAAACAAAAAUGAUGCAGUUGGAAACUGUUCAUUGUGUACGGGAGAGAUUACCUUGUUUAUUACGAACUUGUUUACUUCAUGCCGGACGAAGUAUAGCGCACAAAUGUGUUAAGCUAAUUGUGAUUUGUAGCGAGGGUCUUCAUAAUUUGGAAGAUCCAGCGCCUCAUGCUUUCGAAGAAGCCGUACUAUCUGUUUUAGUUACUUUAUUACCAUAUAUAGUGAGCGUACAAUGGGCUGGUUCUUUGCGAUGGAUUGCUGUAUUAAUAACAAGAUUGUUGCCAUUAGAUCGAAAUCAUAGUGUAGCUCAACAAUGUAUUAAUCUUAUUCAAAAAAUAUCAGCGGAAAUGUCGAAACGAGUUAAUCCUUAUCAUUUAUUGCUUGCUACAAGAUUUGGAUUAUAUAAUUCACCAUUUGAAACUGAAUUAUUUGAUAUGGAACCACCUGUAUCUCCAAAAUCAAGUUCUGUACCAGUAACUAAUACGUAUUCCUCAAUAGCAACUGGUGAACAAUCUAGUACAUCUGUAACAUCUACAAUGUCAUCAUAUACUCAAGAUGCAAUUGAUCUAAGAGAUCUUUUAUCUUUACCUUCCCAUUCUGCUGGCGAUCUUAUUGUUCCAAGCAAAUUAAAAGCACUUUGUGCUAAUCAUUGUACAAAAAGUCUUUUAGAGGUGGAACCUUUACACUUUACUUGUCUUGCUGCUUCUGAUGGUACAAAAAUGGAGAAAAUUGAUCCAAGUAUCAACACUGUGACACUUGGAAGUACACUUUAUGAACCAGUAAUACCUACUACAAAUGUAGCAUCGGAUUCGAAAAUAAUCCAGCCAGCCUAUAAAGACGAUAUAGCUUUUCCAUGGGGAAGAUUACUUUGUUGGCCACCACAGCAGGCAUUGGUUGUUGAAAGAAUGCACUCUGGAGCAAGGAGAUUUGUUAUCUUAGAUUUUGGAGCACCAGUUCUACUUACUGAUCUAAUGAUACCUGUCUGUAGUGAUUUGGUUUCUCUUUCAAUUGACAUUUGGACUAAAAGUGAAGAGGCUGAUGGUAUUCGCCUUGUUGUGGCUGGUGAUAUAGGCAAUAAACCCUUAGUUGUUAGUGAUCUACAGCCCCCUCCUGUUUGCAGAUAUGUAAAGAUAACCACUAUCGGUCGUUAUGGUAUGUCAACAACACGAUGCAAAAUUCCUUUAGGAAUGUUUUAUGGGCAUAUGGUUAUUUUACCCGGUGAAGAUUAUUCAGAAUAUAAUCCUACGGAAACAAAUGCCAAUAACAUUUCUGAUCCAUUAUUACAAAGUACCAUUGAAUCUCAAUGUAAUAUUUUAUCAGCCCUUGCCGAAGAUGUACAAUGCAGGUUUACUUUAGCAACAGAAAGAUUAAAAAAUUAUCUUGAUCCUUUGUUAUGUACAGAGACUCCCAAUGUAAUACAUAUGCAACAUUAUUUAAGUCACGCUAAAAAUUCAAGCGACAAUAAAGAACAACCUUCAGCAAAGAUUCUAUCAACAUAUCAUGAAUGUAUAAUGUAUCAACAUCAAUUAAAUAUUAUUCGUGGAGUAUGGCAACGACUAGAAUCAUGGAUAAAUUCAGAAAAUGCUCCUUUAACUACAUUAGCUAGUGCUUCUAGUGAUAAGCUUCGUAUUCUUGGAGAAACUCUUUUAGAUAUAUUACUUUAUAUUGUUUAUGAAAUCGGUCCUGUACCUCCUGUGCCAAUCAGUUUGUAUGAAGUUUUUACACCAUUAGUAUGUGAAAAAUUAUUUAAUUCUAUUUGCGUAAUGACACCAGCACCACAUUUACAGCUUUAUGCUGUAGCACUUUUAGCUAGAAUGGCUGGACAUCAGUCUUGGUGGGGUAAUUUUCUUGCUAACACAUUAGUGAAUCUUUAUUCUGCAUCGUCAACGCACAUAUUUCCUCAGGACAGAGUAUUUAUUUUAUUAACAUUCCUUGGACGUAAAUCACUGAUUGCUGCAGCUAAUAAAUCAUCCGUAGUAGAUGCUAUGGUUCGCACUCUUGGUGGACUAUUGUUGCCUAUUUCAACAGGUCAAAUAGAUAAUUCAAGUAGAUUGGACACAACUUUGAUUGGUUGGGUCCUACUUUUCUUAUCUGUAUGCUUAGAUACAACAGCUGUCCAUCCUACUUCUCUUGAAGAAAAUCAUGAUAAAAAUAAAGAACAAGGUUAUUCAUCGCGUUGGGAAUUCAUUCAAGGGGAAUUAGCUAUGCAAAGAAAAUUUGUUAGCUCCAGUCGAUCUUCAGCAUCACGAAAUUAUCGCAAGAAGUUACAAAAGCGUCUUAUGCAUCACAAACAGCAAGUACAAGAUCUAGAGCAAUCGAAAAAAUCUUUUCACUCAUCUUCACAGGCUACUACUUUUUCUACUAAAUUGGAAGCAGCAUUAAAAUGUCAAGAACGUCUUUAUAAGAAAACAUUGAAGCAACAUUCUGCUAAACAUUUUAAAGACUUAUUUGGUAUUCGAAGAAACGCAUCGCAACAUUCUCGAUCUCAAUCUCAACCAAGUACUAGGUAAAAUUAUUAAACAAUAUCAAUUGAUUUUUCAUCUAAUUUAUUACAUCAAUAUGUUCUACCAGUAGCUCGUGGACUUGUGAUUUUAUUAUUAAAUAAUCCUUCUAAUGUUGAUAUGUUUUUGUUAGCAUGUAAAGUAGUAGCUAGACUAGUAGUAUCUACUAGACCUGCGAUUAGUUUGGGUGAGCUUAUGACUGAGGAUCAACUUUUAAAAUUAGUUAGAUUAGCUACUGGAACAUCUGAUACUGCUUGGUCAUCGCAUGCAGUCUCUUGUCUUUUGCAAGACUUAUUAGAAGGAGAAAAAUUAUAUCCAAGACAUCCUGUAACAAAUGAAUUGAAUAUAUCUGAGGAAAAUUUUGAAGCUUUGCCAUCUGAAGAAACUAGGGUUGCAGACGAUGAUUCAGUAGCCGUUGCUGGAACGAGUUCCUCCAACACUUUUGGGAAUGAUGAAGGUUUUGCUGAUGGUGACGAAGACACACAAGACAGUAUUAUUGUAACACCAACUAAUGCAACUACAUCAAAAACUAGUGGAUUCAAUCUUCCUUCUUUAUUUGAGUCAGAUGAUAGUGAAUUUGAAGAUUUCUUAGACAAUAUUCUUGAACGCGGUAAAACUAUUUUAAAGAAAGGAAGUGCUAUAUCAAAAUAUCCCACUGUUACUAGCUCAGGUAUUUCACAAGCUAUUGAUGCAAGAUUAGAAUAUGGCGUUGAAACGGGUAUAGAAAUUGCGCUUAGAAGACUUUCUGUUCUUGGCACAUAUAAUUUACCUCUUGGUAUAAAUGCUACAAUUAAUCCAUCAGUUGAUUCCUGCCGUCAUACGCAAACUUCUGUGUCUAGGCAGUCUAAUUAUUCUGAUAGAAGCCAAGAGACAGGAAAUUCAGCAGAUCCACCACCAUCGAGUUUAUUUAUGUUAACUAGAUGCUUUGAUAAGAUUUUUACAGAGUUAUACAUUCAAAGGAUGGGUACAAAUUUAGAGUUAGUCUUACAAUUAUGGUUAACACUGAAUCUUGACAUCACAUCAGAAUCAAAUUCUUCUCAUUUUGAUCCUUCUUUAACUCCGGUAAUUUCUCUAAGCUCUACAGCAAUAGCUGGAUUGAUUUCUGCAUUUUCAUGGCAUCCAGGAGUGUCUUUGCGAGCUUGGUGUUAUGCCUUGCAAUGCUUAACACUGGCUAGUAAUCAACCACUGCAAGCCGAACAAGUUGACACUGCCAGUUGUAGUACUCCAUUAGAUGGGCUAUUAGGAGGAAUGGCUGGAUGCAUUAUUAAGGAACGAAAUAUGGGUGCUAUGCUUCUUCGUUUACUUUCUGGAAAUGGAUUAAAUGUUGACACUGCUAAUAAGCACUUUGGAAUGGCAGGUCCAACACUAUGCCAAACCUUGCAAGAUUUUCUCGUAAGACUUGAAAUGCGCUGUGAUGUUAUUACACCUGGUAGUGCAUUGGGAAAUUCGUUGAAGGAAUUAUUACUGUGGGUUGUAUACCAAUUAGUGCAACCUGGUGGAGCGCUAGUUGCCCGGCGAGGUCCCUUGGAUGCACAAUGUAAACUAAUUACUUCAUUACUAAAUUUGAAUUUUACAAAUACCGACUUGGGAACUGCAAUGAGUAUUUCCGAAUGUGUGGGAGAACUAGUCUCUACUUAUGUCAGAGGAGCUGGAGUUGGAGCUCAGUGUGGCGGAACAACUGAUGCUAAUAGUCAAUCAGGAGGAUUUGGUGGACUUUAUGCGUGUGUUCUUGGUGGAGAUGCGAGACAAGGUCGACCUGCUUCUUGGGAUGCUUUAGUAGUUGCUCUUAUUAAACUAGUUUGCAGACUUGUACAAACUCCAUUACCAAAUGUUCGAACUGGACGAUCCGAUAGUACAACAGAAAUGGAACUUGGAGAAUCUUCACAUAGUUCAAGCUCCAGUCAAAUGGACAGUCAAGAAAACAUGAAUACUUCACAAACUGAUGAAAGUAAAGUUGCAGAACAGCAAACACGAACACACCAAUCUUCAAAACCUCGAAUACCUUGUGUUGCAGAUACUGUUUUGCAACAUGAACCCACUAUGAUGCGACUAUUAGGGGCACUUGGCCACAGCUCUGGAUCUUCAUUGGCUAUGCUUUUAGGAGAGGGAUCCAGUACAAACGCAACUACUGAAUUAACUGCACCACCAUCUAUACCUGAUGCUACUUUUCAAUUGCUAUGUACAUUAACAAAGAAAGCAAGCAACCCAACACUUGUAUUAAAUCCUGUUUAUCGAUAUCUUGCUUCGUCAUGCAGACAAGGAGUAUCUGAUAGACAUAUGGAUGUUAUGCAACUCUCGGAGCCACUUUUAUGGUUUAUUCUUCGAGUUCUUGAUAAUGAAACUUCAUUAUCCGUUUUUACGACUAUGGGUGGUGUAAGAGUUUUAUGUGAAAAUCUUGUGAAAUCUAGUAAAAAUUAUAAUGGAAAUGGUUCUAAUUCUCCCGGAGUGAUCGCACUGGUUAUGCAACACCUAUCGAAUGCAACGAGUUUAACACCUGUUGUAUCAAGUAGUAGCAGUAGUAAAAAAUCAACAAAUACAUUAGAGUCUUUUGAAGAUGGAUUGUUAAAUUUUGCACCUCUUGGAACUGUUUCCUGGCUACAUCCAACAGCACAGCCGGCUGAUGUGCUUAUUCAAAGUGUUACACCUCAUAAGAGAGCAAGAACUGCUGCUUGGUCCUAUCAUUUUUAUCCGGAUGAAGCUUGGGUUGAUCUCACUAUUAUGUUACCAUGUGCUAUUUUAUUAAAAGAAGUAGAACUACAACCACAUUUAACAUCUUUGUCAACGUGUCCAUCAGCCGUGGCUCUAGAAAUUUCUCGAGAAGGAAAUACUGCCUUGACUCCUAUUUGUCCACCAAUGCCAACAGCUGGUCUCACGUUCAUACGUUUAACAUUGUCACAACCCGAAGUUGCAAGCGCUGUUCUAGUUAGGUUGUACAAACCACGAGAUUCAACUAACAUAAGCCUUAGUCAUAUUCGUUUACUUGGUACAACUGCUUUUGGUGAUCCCAAAUCAAAUCACGAUAUUAUUGAUGAGGAACAGCUUACGAAAACAAGUUUGGGAUGGUUACGACUAGUACAUCAAUGCUUGUCUGUCAGUACAAUAAAUAGUAAUCUUGCCGUUGAAGUCUUAAAUUCAGCUGCUUCAGUUGAAGGUUUAGUUGAAUCGUGUUGUAAUUUAUUGCUACUUCCUGCUCCAUCACUUUUUACACCAAAUUUAGAAAGAGUUCUUCUCCAACUUGGUCUACAUUCCUCUGAACUUGGACUUCGCUUAAUUACCCUUUUACUCAACAAUAGAAGUGCAGCUGUUUUACAAAAUUCUGUUUUGAGUCAAGAAACUACAACUGUUCAAAUGGUUGUUGAAUUAUUAGAGCAACUUUGUUCAGCACAAGAUUCUAAUAUCAAAGCACGUAUGAGUGCUGUUUUGAAUUGGCUAUAUACAGUUGCAAAAUCAUCUGUACUUGAUAUUACAGAUAAUAAUUUAUUUACUGCUUCAAACAUAUCUCCGCCAGCUGUUUAUGUUCACUGUAUUUCAACAAUCAUUUGGAAAGCAGCUAACCUUAAUGAUCUUAACUAUGAUUUAAAAGAACUUCUUACUGAAGAUUUAUUUGAUGCACUAUAUUCUUGGACUUUAGUAUUAAAAACUCACUCUGCUUUAAAACAAGCUAUUGAUUCAGUUUUAUGUGCCUUUUGUCGCGUUAAAUCAACAUUCUUUCAAUCUCUAUUGCAAAAGGUACAGAUCUUUGUGCCAAACUUGUUAAAUGAUCAAUUGAGUAUUUCAAUAUCUGAUGAUCGAAAAGAAAGUGAAGGUCAAACGGACGAUGGUAAAAGUGUCGCUGAUCUUAAUGAUUGGUAUACACGUCUUGUUCAAUCAGAAUUUAAGCACUUAUCACUGACAGAAGGUCAACUACUCUCAAUAGCAGCUGCAGCACGAUCUACUCCUGGAAUAUGUCAGUUAAUUGAUUCGGGAUUACCAACUUUAUUAACCGUUUGUAUAAUGGAAUUCACGUCUCCGAAUGAAGCAGAAGCUACUGAAUGUAUUAAUAAGGAUGCAGGAAGUAGUAAUGGAUUGACAGAUAGUGAUAAAGCUGGUGAAAAUACUACACAAGAGAAUAAAAUAGAUAGAUUAAAUAUGACAGAACCUGAAAGUGUAGCUGUUGUACUAGAAUUCUUAUCAUUAGUUUGUUCUGAAGGUAAAAUGAGAGAUUGGCUUGGUAAAGAUGGAUGCGGAUUUUGGUUACCUCUACUUACAUUAUUAAGUGAUAGACCUAUUGAGAAUUCAUCAGCAUCUUCAUUAAGAUGUUCAAAAAUAAGUAUAUCUUAUGGAAAAUUGGAAAGUGCUAUGAUAAAGUUCUUGUCUAAAUGCUGUUGGUGUCAUCCAGCUAAUCAAGAAUUAUUGGCUGAGCUCUUAAAAGAAGUUAUUAUAUCACAAAAACCACCUACAGGUUCAAAAGGUUUACACGGAAUUUCAGGGUUCACAAGAAGACUCAUUUUACAGCUUUUGUUAGAAGGUGAAAAGAUUUUGGUAUCAGUUACGUCUGAAGCACCCAUGAAACUGUCGACUGUAGGUAGCAGUAACCUACCAGUAAUGCCUCCACAUCCAGCAUUUCCACUUGGUCAUUAUCAUCAUUUACUUUACAUGUCAACUCAAUCAACGGUAACAGAUAUUUUACAGCAAGUAUCAGGUCCUUGGUUGAAUUUGCUACUCGCCAAUAAAGGAAACGAAAUAGGUACAAACAGUUUGCGUAAUCGAGAGCUCUGGGAAUCUGGUAUGAAUAUCGUUAUGGAUACUCUUAGUGUGGCUGCAGGCAAUACCGCCAAGGAUAAGCGAGCUAAGGAAGCUUCUAAUCGAUCACAGGCGAGAGGCCCUAUUAUACGAAAAAUUCGCCUUAGUACAGAUGGAUCAGUAUUGUCAACUAAGAAUUCUAAUAAUUCUCAAGGGAAUGCAAAUAGUACAGCUAGCCAAAACUAUUUAAUUCUCUCUUCACGGCCUAAUACUCCCUUACCACCUGAUGUAACUGUAGCUCAACUUCUCUGCUUCGUCGAAGAUAGUGGAACUUCAUUAUCAGAACCUUGUUUGUACCUAACCUUGCGUCAACGAAAUAAAGAUUCCAAAGAAGAUCUAUCUAUCUCCAAUGAUUCGGAUCUAUUAACCUAUUGGACUAGUAUAGAUAGUACUUUAGAAGUUUUUAGUUCAAAAGGAGGACUAGCUGUUCUUGCAAAGCAUUUGCCAUUAAUAUAUCCUGAUUCUAGUAGACCAGCACCUCUAUUUGAGAAAUCUCCAACGCAGGAUCAAUCUGAUACUGACUGGGUGAAAGUCGAGCAUAACGACAAUGUUAAUGAAGAUCUUGAUGAAGGAUCAAAUAAUGGACCAUCAAGAACCAUUCCACCAACACCACAAAUACCCCUGCAUUCUUUGGCUGCUUUUGGCCUAUUCCUACGACUUCCUGGCUAUUCGGAGGUCUUGCUUAAAGAUCAUAAGCGAGCUCAAUGCUUAUUAAGACUAGCGCUUGGUGUAACCGAUGAUGGCGAGGGCGGUGACGUUCUUAGUUCACCUUUGUCAGCUACCCUGCCCACAUUACCGUUCCAAGUCUUAAAACGACUUCUAGAGGAUACACCGCCGACGACAGAUGACGGCCUCUUACUACGUCGUACUUCUAUCGAAGUCGGUGCUGUUUUACUAUUGCUUAAUUGUCUUGCUAUAUUCACGCAUCAAACUGGACAUAACGAAGGCACUGAACAACGCUUAAGUCAAUCAGGUGGUCGAAGCGAUGAUAAAUCGCACCUUUAUUGGGCAAAGGGAACAGGCUUUGGCACUGGUUCUACCCAACAAUCUUGGAAUGUUGAGCAGGCAUUGAUGAGGCAACGAUCAGAAGAAGAGCACGUGACUGUUCUUAUCCAAGUUCUUGCAAGCUAUAUCGGUACGGGUAAUCAACCUCAAAAGGAGCUACCAUCACUUUUUACGGAAUUGCUCUCUCGCUCGUGUUUGCUACCUGCCCUUUCCUCUUAUUUACGCAAUGAUUCUGUUUUGGAUAUGGCCCGUCAUAUACCAUUAUACCGGGCGGUUCUGCAGCUGCUUCGGGCUAUGGCAAAUUCGAAUCAGUUGGCGCCAUUGUUAUUACCAAGAAGCGAUAAAUCAGGAGAUCCCUCUAUUGUUGCAUUACUCUCAAGCAUGAGGGUAUGCGUUGAUACGUACGUGCAUAAAAUUAAUCGAACCAAGAACAGUAAGUCUAAAUCAUCCUCAAAAUAUCCAGAAGAAACUGAGCAAGAUGAAGGGUUAGCAACACUUAUCCCAGAUAUUCAAGAAAGCGCAUCGAUUGUACAAAAUACAACGGCAAGAUUAAUUGAGACAAGCGAAGAGAUUGCAGGACCUAGUCCCGCAGGACCGGAAAUACCAUUGCGCUCGAUAGAACAACGAUAUUUGGAAGUUAUGAAGAAUCUUCAAUUUGAUACAUACGAGAUGAUAAUCGAAAAUCCAGAAGGCGGAUUUAAAUUCGCUGUUUCUUAUCACUUUGAAUCGAAUAUGCGAGCGGCUGGUGAACGAAAUCAUCCAACUCGCGUUAAAAGACUCGCCCAGGAGGCUGUUACUUUAUCUACAGCAUUACCUCUCUCUUACAGCAGUAGUGUUUUUGUACGAUGUGAUACGGAUCGUCUGGACGUGAUGAAGGUUCUUAUAACUGGUCCAGCAGAGACUCCAUACGCAAAUGGAUGCUUCGAAUUCGACGUUUAUUUUCCUCUGGACUAUCCUAAUAGUCCAAUGAUGAUCAAUUUAGAGACUACGGGUAGGCGCUCGGUGCGCUUCAACCCGAAUUUAUAUAACGAUGGUAAAGUUUGUCUCAGUGUACUCAAUACAUGGCAUGGAAGACCCGAGGAAAAAUGGAACGCUCAUACCAGUAGCUUUCUUCAGGUGUUAGUAUCUAUUCAAUCGUUAAUCCUGGUGUCAGAACCGUAUUUUAACGAACCCGGUUAUGAACGUUCGCGUGGAACGUCGAGUGGAGCUCAGUCUAGUCAAGAAUACAACGCCAAUGUGUGCCAAGCUACGGCAAAGUGGGCUAUACUUGAUCAGAUUCGAAAUCCAUGCCCAUGUUUUAAAGAAGUAAUACAUACUCAUUUCUGGCUUAAAAGGCAUGAAAUAGUCGCUCAGAUAGAAGGAUGGAUUAGAGACAUGGAAAUGCAUGCGGCAGAUCGACGAUCCGCUAGAACUAUAUCAUUGAGCGCUUUGGCUUUGAGAAGACACUAUAAACUAUUAAGAGAAGAGUUGAAUAAAUUGCCAACGCCAGAGGGCCUGGAGGAUUUUACUGAGCCAUUGCGUUCACCGAGCGCAUCUUUGGAAAUAUGUACCCUCGGAACUCCAAAUACAUCGCAAACGUCAACGCUUACGACAACCUAUACAAGUCCUACGUUAGCAAGCAAUAACGCCGUGGAAACGAGUAAUCACGUUCAUCAUGACAUCGAUACGGAUGUGGAAAUGGAAAAAAUGGUCUCGAAAGUGUGCGAAUGAGGAGGGUUAAUUUCAAACAAAUUGUUGGACAUUUUUGAAAGUUUAUUGUUAGUGUUAUUGUGAAUAAUAAAAUGGUGUUGAUAUUGGUGUGAAUAAGAAGUGCAUUAAAAGAAAAUAAGAAACUGACUUAUAUCAAAUUAGAGAAGUAUAAUCAUCCUUUAAUUACAUGGAAGUGGAUAAUAGUGAAACAGAUGAGAUGUAUCAUUGAAUGCAGUAUUUCUAAGCAAUCUUCUUUAUUGUGGGAAAAGGGAAUAUUUUCAACAAACCUACGCUCAAAUAUAGUGAUGUGUUAGUGUAAAGAUACGCAUUACGAAAAAUAAAAAAGGGAUAACUAAUUAAUUUUUAAAAAGAAAUGUUAACAAAAUUCGUUUGUAGUGCGCGCGUAAUGAGGCUGCUAUAAUAUAUGUGCACUACGUUCGUUAUACUACUAUGUGUAAUGAAAUAGAAAUAACGACGUAAUCUUAUAGCUAUUUAUUACAGAUGUACCUCAUUUGUAAAGCCGAUCGAAAUGAUUUCGGCAUGCGAUACGAGUACAGGAUUUCAAGUGAAUUAUUACUUUCUUAACUAAUUAUAUAGGUGUCUUUGUAAUGUAUUCGACUAAUCAUCAUAUUGGUCGAUUAUUGUACAGUAAAACUGCAAAGAUCCAAAUUGGUCGCGCUACAUUUUGAGUUUAAUUUUCGUAUUACUCAAUUUCUUUGUUGAAAAUAUCCAAAUGGGAACAUUUUAUUAAGAAAAUGUCCACAAACGAUUUUUAUCGUCCCAAGAAUAGACGUGAGUGAAUUAAAACUCGAUAAUAUUUUAAGUCGGCAUUGUUAGGGAUGAAGAAAAAAAUGGAUAGAUUUUAUUCGAACUGUGUGUUUACUUCUAGAGCCUUGAAAAAGUUCAAUAAUUCGAGGAAUCCAUUACGCAAAUUUUUCUUUU